GCCGCCCCGCGGCGCAGUCGCAAACCUCUCUCCUUGCCCGCCCGCCCGCCCCCUGCCAGCCCCUUCGUCCGAGCAGCUCAGCUGGAAAAGAGCUGUGGGCGCCGGUCUUCACACGGAGCCUCGCUGCUGAUCCCCAGGAAUAACAGGCUGGAGAAGAUGGUGACGCACCGUCUGACAUACAAUCCCCAGGAUGCGGUGACCUUCCCUGAUGUGGCCGUGACCUUCACCCCGGAGGAGUGGCUGUGCCUGGACGCCUCUCAGAGGAAACUCUAUAGGGAUGUGAUGCUGGAGACCUACGAGCACCUGCGGGCCGUCGGGCAUUCUGGGGUGAAGCCUGCGGUGAUCUCCUGGCUGGAAGGAGGAGCCCUGAGUUCGGGGAGGAGAGGCGUGUGUGCAGAACGCACUCCACACUUUCAGGAUUUGGCAUUUCAGCAGUUUGAUUUGGGGACGAGAUCGCCGAUUACAAGAGAGCUGGGAAGCGGUCGGCCCUGGUGGAAUGUGUGUGAUCGCGUGCAAUGGGAGCAAGUCUCCAGUGAGCAGUCGUGCCUUGGUUUCAGUGGGAAUGUCGAGACAGGCAGGAUCUUUCCUGAGGGUGAUGGGAACGGAGAGAGCGCCCUCGCUCCGAAGAUGACCUUCCCUGGGAUAAGCUUCUCGGAGUCUGUUCUGCUCAGUCACUGGACUCAAACCCCCCUGAUGGGGCAGCCCCUGGACUGCGGGAGAGGAGCACUGUUUAUGGUGAGUCCUUCACACCUACAGGCCCAUAAGCAAAGUCACCAUGGAUUGAACCCGUCCAAGUGUAAGGAAUGUGGGGGAGCCUUCCCGUGUCCUUGGCACCGCGAUGCUCCCUUAGAAACCCACAGUGGACAGUAUCCCCAAGAAUGUCAGCAGGGAGGACAAACGUUGAGUCAAGGGCCACCCGAGAUCGACGUCACGGACAUCCACAUCCGAAAGAAACCCUAUAUGUGUGAGGAGUGCGGGAAGCCCUUCAUUUACGCCGCAAGCCUUAUUAAACACAGGAAAAUCCAUACUGGAGAGAAACCUUACGUGUGUGUGGACUGCGGGAAGGCCUUUCCUUACUCCUCAGGCCUUAACAUCCACAGGAAGAUCCAUACCCGCGAGAAGCCCCACGUGUGCGGCGACUGCGGGAAGGCCUUCAGCCUGACCUCCAGCCUGACGAUCCACAGGCGGAUUCACACCGGGGAGAAUCCUUUCGUCUGCCAGGAGUGCGGGAAGGCCUUCAUCCGCUCCUCCAACCUCACCACCCACAAGCGGAUCCACAGCGGCGAGUACCCGUUCAUCUGCAAGGAGUGCGGGAAGACCUUCACCUACUACUCGAAGCUGCUCUCCCACGGGAGAAGUCACACCGGGGAGAGACGGUACAUGUGUCCAGACUGUGGGAAGGCCUUCGUGGACAAAUCGUACCUGUCGAAGCACCGGCGGAUCCACACCGGGGAGCGGCCUUACGUGUGCGGGGAGUGCGGGAAGGCCUUCAUGCAGAAAGCCUACCUGUCCAAGCACCAGCGCAUCCACACCGGGGAGCGGCCGCACGCCUGUGGCGAAUGCGGGAAGGCCUUCGUCUCCUCCUCGGACCUGGCCCGACACCGGCGGACGCACACGGGUGAGAAACGCUUCGUGUGCCAGGACUGCGGGCGGGCCUUCCUGGAGAAGUCCACGCUCGCCAAGCACCGGCGGAUCCACACCGGGGAGCGGCCGUACGUGUGCAAGGACUGCGGCAAGGCCUUCACCCGCGCCUCCAUCCUCAGCAUCCACACACGGAUCCACACGGGCAAGAAGCCCCACGCCUGCCAGGACUGCGGCAAGGCCUUCAGCUACUCCCUCUCGCUCCUGGCGCACCGGCGGCUCCACACGGGCGAGAAGCCCUACAAAUGCAAGGAGUGUGGCAAGGCCUUCGGGUCCUCCUCGGACCUCUCGCGCCACGCGAGGAUCCACACGGGCGAGAAGCGCUACGUGUGCCCGGACUGCGGGCGGGCCUUCAUGGAGAAAUCCUACCUGUCCCGCCACAGGCGGACUCACACCGGGGAGCGGCCGUACGUGUGCAAGGAGUGCGGCAAGGCCUUCUCGCGCGCCUCCAUCCUGAGCAUCCACACGCGCAUCCACACGGGCAAGAAGCCCCACGCCUGCCAGGACUGCGGCAAGGCCUUCACUCACUCCUUUUCCCUGACCUCCCACCGGAGGCUGCACACGGGCGAGAAACCUUACUCGUGUAAGGAAUGCGGGAAGAUGUUCACCAACUCCUCCAGCCUCCGGAUGCACCGGAGGCUGCACCGGAGAGAAACCUCGUAUAUGUAGGAACUGCGGGGAAGGCCAUUCGCUCGACGUCACAGCUUCCUUUCUCCGUCCACUUCACUCGAGCAGGUCUUUACAUUGCAGACAAAUGUAUUUGGGUGGGUUUUUUUGGGGGGGAGGGGGGUGUUUUUGUUUUUGACUUUUUGGGUCACAUCUGGUGGCUCUGCACUCAGGAAUGACUCCUGGUGGUGCUCGGCAAUGCCAGAUAGAACCUAGGUUGGCCACGCUCGAGGCAAACGCCCCGUCCACUGUGCUAGUGCUCUGGCCCCUGGACACCGGGAGUAAGGGUUGUGGCCACGCCUCUGCUCCAUUCUCACUCACUUCCCGCAGAAGUGUCCGCACAGGUGCUAAUCACAGAUGCGUGUUGGGAAUGGGGAAGGACUUGUGCUGUCCGCUCGACCCUUACUGUAUGUACAUGGGAGAGCUCACAUAGGAAGGAGGCCGCAUGUUUGUCCGGAAUGUGGAAAGGCCUUUCUAAACACAAUUUACACGGGAGAGAAACCUCGCCUGUGUCAGGAGAGUGGGGAGACCUUCGACAUGUAUGAAAUGUGGGGAGGGUGCAUAUGCUGCCUGCGCCCCUGUGCUGCUUGUGCCCACGUGGCUGGGCACAUGUGGUGCCCGCAUCCCCCCCUGUUGAGAUGGGGAUUUUCAUAUCUAAUGUUGGGAUGUGUGUCGGGGCUUCUCCGCCUUUGGAGAAGCCCGUGUUCUCUCGAGCACAUCUCUCUCUCACUUGCUCUCCUUUCUUCUCCUUCCCUUCCCCAAACCUCUAAAUAAAAUCCAUUUUUCACUUAAAAAAAAAAUGUGGGGGGCCUCCUCUCAACCCACAGACCAUAUGGAGGCACAGGCUGUGUUGAGAAUGGUUCUGUCUUUAAUAGUCACCGGAAGAGUCACACUGGGGAGAGACCCCAACACAGGUUCCCCAUGCGGGGAGUCCCCUAGGAGCUUCCAGAGUACAGAUACGAGGGCCUGAGGCCUGGCCACCAGACGGUGUCAGGUCAGCCCCCUGAUGGACUCUCCAAGGUCAGAACAGUCCUGGGGAGGGGGGUGAUGAGGGGAGGCGGUCAAACAGCAAAGACACUGAUCCCCCUGGUGGCAGCCACACCAGUGUCUCAGCCUUUGGGCUUCACCUGUGUGUGAAAUUUUAUUAUUAUUAUUAUUAUUAUUAUUAUUUUUUUUUUUUUGCUUUUUUGGGGGGGUCACACCCGGCGAUGCACAGGGGGUACUCCUGGCUCUGCACUCAGGAAUUAUUCCUGACGGUGCUCAGGGGACCAUGUGGGAUGUUGGGAAUCGAACCCUGGCCGGACGCAUGCAAGGCAAACGCCCUACCCGCUAUGCACAAGUCCAGCCCCUUUGUAUGAACUUUAAAGAAUGGGCACUCCUGGGACGGGCAGCCUCUGACACGGGUGGAGGGUAGGGGAUACUGGUGACGGGUUGGGUGCUAGAAUAUUAUGCUUGUAUGCUUGGAAAUCAAUCAUGAGUAACUUUUUUACCUUAAUAAUCCAAUAAAAGUAUUUCUUAAAUUAUUGUGAACAACUUUAUAAAAAUAAAAU